CGAAAGACGAUCACGAAAUGAAAUAAAAAGUGAUGAUGAUGACGAUAAUCAUAUUAUUCUGCGCCAGCGCGAUUUCUGUUGAGCAUAGACAAUAAUAGUUAUAGAGGGGAAAUUAUUUAGUAAUUAAUAUUAGCCAAUGUUGAUUUUAGCUAGUUUUAAAGUUUUUGAGUCAAAAAUACCUAAUUAUAAUAUUAAAACAUAUUGAUGUAAAGAGUAUCAUCAUUCGAUAAUACAUGAUAAUUAUUACAAAAUAAAUUAAAAAUGGAAUUAGCAUUAAUAGAACCGAUUUGUGAGGCAGUCGCAGAUUCUAACCUUACUUCUUUCAAUUUUCAUUAUUGGAAGUGAAGGUGAUUGAGGAUAUUGUGUUUACAUUGUUACACAACAUAUACUAAUAAGAAAAUUUAUCGUUAUUUUUAUUUAAUUCAACAAGAAUGGCUCUUCUACGAGCUGUCACACGCAAUAUAUCAGAGAAUUUGCUUGCUGCUCGUUCAGCGAGUGUUCCUGCUUUAUCUUAUCAUGAAAAAGUAAUCGAUCACUUUGAAAACCCAAGAAAUGUUGGCUCGUUGAACAAGACCGACAAAAAUGUUGGAACAGGACUUGUUGGAGCUCCGGCAUGUGGAGACGUCAUGAAGCUGCAGAUCAAGGUCGAUGAUGAUGGAACCAUCAUUGAUGCCAAAUUCAAGACAUUUGGAUGUGGAAGUGCUAUUGCAUCGAGUUCUCUGGCUACUGAGUGGGUCAAGGGCAAGAAUAUUGAUGAAGCAUUGAAAUUGAAGAACACAGACAUUGCUAAGGAACUAUCUCUUCCACCAGUGAAGCUGCAUUGCUCAAUGCUGGCGGAGGAUGCUAUCAAAGCAGCUCUUUCAGACUACAGGAUCAAGCAGAAUGAGGCUAAAAAGGCAAAGGCUGAGUCAGAGAAUAAGUAAUCAUAAUGGUUUGUCGCACUAUAAUGUAGUAGUACUAUAAUAUGUACUACAAUAUUAAAAUCAUGAGAAUUGGCGAGCUCCGACGAUGCUUGCCUUAGUUGAAAAAAACACUAUUUGUAUACAUAAAAAUGCUAUAAUCAUUUGCAAAUUUAAUUGUUUGAAUAAAAUUAUUUUUCGUUGAAA